CUAUCUUCAUUAUGUCAAACUGGGAAGAAUUCUACAAUACUCAUCUGCCUCCAGCAGAUUUUGAGGAUAAUCGUUCACUACUAAAGGAAUUUUGUGAACGUCAUAAUCGACUGCAAAACCGUAUCGUCCUUGUAACAUCAGGUGGCACAACCGUCCCAUUGGAGCACAACACUGUACGUUUUGUGGAUAAUUUUAGUGCCGGUACACGUGGCUCCUCAUCCGCUGAAUAUUUCCUAGAUCAUAAUUAUGCGGUCAUAUUUAUGCAUCGUCUCAAAUCGUUGGAACCAUUUACCCGCCAUUUUACCGGUCAGCAAUUUUUCGAUAUGCUCGAUAUAACCGAUAAUGGCCAGAGUACUUCGAUUACCGUGAAUCCUGAUUCGGUAGAUGUUUUUGCACCGAUUUUGGCGAAGUAUAAACAGGCUCGUGAAUCCCAAAUGAUUUUAUAUGUCAGCUUUACAAGUGUCGUGGACUAUAUGUGGCUGUUGAGGGCAGCCUGCGAAUGUUUGGCUGCAUUUGAAGAUCGUGCGGUGUUGUAUUUGGCUGCGGCGGUAUCGGACUUUUAUAUACCACAGGAUAUGAUGCCCACUCACAAAAUGCAAUCGGGUGAAGGUGCGCCCACAAUUUCAUUACAGCUGGUGCCAAAAAUGUUGGCACCAUUGGUUAGCCUUUGGGUGCCGCAGGCAUUUGUUGUCUCCUUUAAAUUGGAAACCGAUGAGAAUUUAUUGAUUACCAAAGCUCGUGAUAGUUUGAGUAAAUACAAGCACAAGUUGGUUAUUGCAAACAUUUUGCAAACACGUAAACAUCGUGUGGUCUUUGUUACGCCCAACAGCUCCUAUGAAGUACACCUAAGUAGAGAACAAGCACUGCAAGGCCUUGAAAUUGAGGAACCAAUUGUUGCUGAUGUAGUACAAAAACACAGCGAAUUCAUAAAUUCGGGUAUGUCUCGACAAUGACCAAUGUCAAUGCGACAGCGACAACAGCAACGACAUCACAUGCAAGUUGAUUGUCGCGUGACAACGCCGCAUUUUUGUCGAUUGCUGAAUCCUGGACCUGGUAUUGGACGACGGUAUU